UUCAUCUGUCUUCUCUUCUCUCAUCUCUCCAAGAUGCAUAGGAUGAUGGUGCCUCUUUUGGGUGGGAUGAUGACCAUCUAUAUAAGGACACUGACUGGGAAGAGCAUCCAACUGCAAGUAGAGAAUUCAGACACCAUCUUGAAUAUCAAACACAAGAUCAAAGAGAAACAGGACAUUGCCAUUGAAGAACAGAGGCUUGUCUUUUCUGGGAAGCAGCUUGAGGAUGAUUGGACUUUGGCUGACUACCAAAUUCAGAGUGGUUCCACUAUAUAUCUUGUUCUCCGACUGCGCGGUGGUGGUGGUGGUGCUGCCGCUGCAGCUACUGCUCUUGUCCUCUAUAUCUGAUCAUGUUUAUUAUGCAUAGAUAUGCUUGUCUUUAAUCCGUCAGUUAGAUUAAUAUUAGUAUAUGUUUAGUUGAUUGUUCUCUUGAUUAGUAAGUGCGUACAAACUAA